AUUGUUGUCAAAAUGGCCCUUUCCUCGUUUUUUAUUUUAGACUCAAAUGGAAUAGUUCUUAUAUCUCGAGAUUAUCGCGGAGAUGUCGACAAGGAAAUAAUCGAGAAAUUUUUUUCUUUAUUAAACCAACAAGAAGAAGUAGGAAAUUCAUCUCCUCUGCUUCAUCAUGACGGAGUUUCUUUUGCUUAUGUAAAACACGAGGGCUUGUAUAUAAUCAGUAUAAUGAAGAAAAACGCAAACAUUACCCUAGUUUUCACUUUCUUGUACAAGUUUAUUCAAAUAGCGACCCAAUACUUCAACAAACUCGAAGAAGAAAGUAUCCGCGACAACUUUGUGAUUCUGUACGAGUUGUUGGACGAGAUAAUGGAUUUCGGCUACCCGCAAACCACCGAUUCGAAAAUCCUCCAGACGUACAUCUUCCAAGAGAGUUACAAGUUGAAAAACUCUGCAACGAUUCCGGCCGUGGUGACAAACGUGGUCUCGUGGCGGCCCGAAGGCAUAAAAUACCGGCGCAACGAGCUGUUUAUCGACGUAAUCGAAUCGGUAAACUUAUCAGUGAAUUCCUCCGGCGCCAUCCUUCGAAACGAAGUCAUCGGUUGCGUAAAAAUGAAGGUACAUUUGUCCGGAAUGCCCCAAUUAAGAUUAGGCUUGAGCGACAAGAUUCUUUCGGCAAUAAAUUCAAGCGGAGAAUCGGCCACUUUCGAGGAUGUUAAGUUCCACCAAUGCGUCCAAUUAUCGCGGAUUUGCGAUAAAAACGUUUACUUUAUUCCACCCGAUGGCGACUUUGAGCUGAUGUCGUAUCGGAUGAAUACGGAGAUUAGGCCUCUGAUUUUGGUCAGGAGUAAAGUGGUCCAGGGGUCGGUGAGCAGUAUAGAAUACGUGGUCAAAGUCAGUGCCCAGUUUAAGGCCGCUUCGACGGCGAAUAAUCUGGAAGUGACUUUGCCGGUUUGUCAGGAUGUUGAUUCGCCGGUUUUUAAGACGACGACAGGGAUGGCGAGUUAUGUCCCGGAAAAGGCGGCGGUGGUGUGGAGGAUCAAGUAUUUUCCGGGAGGGAGGGAGAGCGUUCUGCACGUUUAUUUUAAACUUUCGACGAUACGAGCUGAAGAAAGGGACGACAAGAAACCCAUACAAGUUAAAUUUAUGAUCCCAUAUUUUACCAUUUCUGGUUUACAGAUUAAGUAUAUGAAAGUGAUUGAGAAGAGUAAUUAUAAGGCUUUAACUUGGGUAAGGUAUACUACUCAAAAUGGAGAAUAUCUGGUUUGUCUCAGUUAGCCACAUCCUGUCUUUAGUAUUAAAAUCACAAGUAUUUAUAAAUAAAAUAAACUGCAUUUAUUCUUAGAAAUUUUUAAUCAAGUGUUUCUACAUUGUUUAUUGGGUCAACCUCGUUAUUAAUGUUUACAUUAACUGGCCCUUUGCUGUGAGAGACGUAAGUUCCCGAAAACGAUGAGCUGUAGAAUGUUGUCGAUGGACCAAAAGGAUUUUCUACAUCCUCUCUGAAGUCUUUCAAWGUCAUAUCUAAAAUUCCAUAAWGUAAACURUUCCAAAAACCUGUAAAAUUUUACCUUGUGCAUCUAAACAAGCAAUAAUCGUUGACAAAAUCUUUUUGUCAUCACUUGURUUUAUAGUUUUUUUGCAAGCCACWGUUGUUCCAGGACAGUCCCUUUCGUAGCAUUUAACGGUGUCUGUUGGCAACAAUGAUUAUCAAAAAUUUACGGUAUUAGACCGGUAGCAACAUUUCUAAUAGUUUAUGUAUGUUUAGCAAAAAUUUAGAGUUCUUAUACUCUACAAAAAUGUAGCUAGCGUUUACAUAGUUAUCAAUUCAGUAUCUUAAAAAAAAAUAUUAUGUAAUACAAUACGUGCCGUGAAGAAAGACAGGUUGGCUGAAACACUGAGCGA